AUUGUCUCUCUGUCCUCCAUAAAAAUAAAGUUACUUCCUCCUAACACUGUUCACUGCUGCAGCACCUUCACCAAACACUGAGAAAAAACCAAGAGGACUCAUCGGCUUCAGAGCAUCAAUCAGACAUCUUCUUCUACCAAAUCAGAUGGCUGGCCUGUGCUGGGUGACUGUGGUGCUGACCUUCCUCCUGUCUCCUGGAAUCAGUGCUACUGCUGUGGACAAAGAUGACCUUGCAACAAUUGUAAACUUCAUGAUGAACAGGUACGAUAUAAAAACCCAGGUGGGUGUGGCUGUGAACAUCCCAAAGGACCAGGACUUGAACACGCUGCAGGAGGUGUUUGAGAAAGCCGACGUUGUUCGUAAGACACUUGACAAGAAUUCAGUGUAUGAAAAUGCCUGCAAGAUGGUUGCCGCAAGACCUUACAGAAAUGUUCAUGCGGAGGUACGUGUUUUGAAAAACAUGGAAACCUUAAUUAACACAGCUAAUGAUCAUUUUCUAGUCUUCUACUCUUUCUAUUCUCCAUGUGGUAGACACUGUAUGAAUGAGAACGGUCCCUAUUCCAUCAUACCCAAGAUUAAUCAAGUCUUCCCCAAUUGGAACCAGUUUGCAUUUGUGUUUUCCGAAGUGUUCGACAAGACCAGUAAAGGUGUUCCCAUCAACAAAACUGAAAUAGAAGAGGCCCUCAAACAGCUGGGGAGAUCUAAAGUUGGUCACGACAACAUUUUCCGUUGUUACAAACCAAAGAAUGAAGCUUUUAAAUGCAUUAACUGCUUCAAUGACAAGGAACCUGUAGCCCAGUGUGUUGGUAAUGUCGACUGAAGAUUGUUAAUUAAUUCAUGCUCAACAGAAAUAAUCUCUGCUUUCUGUCUAGUUUCAUUGUGCUUCUUCUCGCCCUUAUGUUAUUGUACUAUUUCAUUUUGUAAAUGUGAUAAUUUUGUUAUUUGGCUUUGGUUUGACCUGAAAGUUGGAGCCCCUGUUACUUUGUUUUUUGGUAUCUUUAUCUUCGUAUGUGAUGUGAUGAACACUCACACUUUGAUAUUAUCACAUCUGUCUUAUUGUGCCACCUGCUGGUCACAGGCCUGUACAACAACAAUACAGCCACUACUGGAUAAAAAAUGAACUCCUAUGCCAUUAUUGCAAUAUUAUUGAAAAAUACAACUUUAUGACUAAUAUUUGUUUUAUAAGACAGUGCAUGGUUGAGCUCCGUCACACCUUAAACAAUUUGUUGUAACAGCUUGUGGUGAAAUAAGACAAACAAGAUCUUCAAAAAUGGAAACCGUCAUAUAAAAUAUUGCUCUACAAAAUGAGCUCAAACUUCUUUUUCAGUUACAGCAGAGUGUAUUAGUUUUAAUCAGCUUAAAUCUAAUAUUAAAAAGUGUCUGAUAAUACUUCUCGGAAUGGAUACACACUGCUUAUUGUAAACUGUUUUAAAUAAACCAAGAAAAGAAACUUAACGUCAGUAUUUCCAGUACUCAUGUCAUUGUACUCUAGUUCUCUGUAAAGCUUUGGAAAAUCCUCUAAUGUUGUGUUUCCUUUUCCCAAAUUAAAUCUUGGCUUGGCAUCGA